GUGAAACCAGUCAGUCGUCCAAUACCUUCAAUGCCCGUUAGGCAUCGGCGCCGAAUCUGACGCGAAAUGUCUCUGAAUUUCAUUCCUCGCAAAGUGGGCAAACCAAAAACUAUUCCUCCUCAUACUGCGGUUGCCAGCCCGAAUGGAUCUCAACCACGCGUUAAUGAUGAAUUUAAAGGCAAAGGCAAGGCGACGCUGCAGACUGAACCCGAAAGUUCUAAAGCGCAGCCUUCCGAUGAAGACCUGUGCACGGUCAUAUCCCUUGCUAUGUCAGAUUAUGCCAUUUGGUUGAAUUCCGAUGUGAGAAGGAGGCUUAGCGAAAGUGUGAGCGAUGGGAAUGAAGGAUUCAUCAGUCUUAGUUUUCUCCUCAAUCACACACCCUCCCUGAGAGGUUUACUCUCAAGUUCAAUAUCGGAAACCGUGAUUGUCAAGGCACUAAGAGGUCGUCAGUCACAUCUCGACGUGCGGAUGAUGUUCACCAAACCGGAAUGGCACAAUUGGGACAAGGCCAAGGAUCAAAAGGAUGCUGGGAUGUAUGAGAUUCGAAGAAAAGAUUGGGAAGGCUUAAUAUCACGUAUGGCCGCUUAUACGAGAGUAUAUUGGGACAAGAGGACACUUUACUUGGAAUGUCUUCCCGUGCACUGCAAAUCAGUUGGGAGUAUUGGCCGGUUUGUAGACAUCUUACUCACCUGUAGUCUAAAUUCGGAACCUUCUUCAACCUCCCCAACCGAUCCGCUUGUGUUCUCUCCGAAAAUCCAAGCUGUCACUUUACCGCCACACCACCUUGCCAAGAGCGGUGAGGAACAUAAAUGUAAAGGGUUUGCAUUUGUGAUAUUUACCGCUAUCGAACAUGUGGAAAUGUUUCUCGAAAGGUGGCCAUGGGACCGCAACCGAUACGAUUCUUCCCCCGGGCACACAGGGAAUCUUGAUCUCAAGGAAGCCUUUAGAUUUGGGUUUCGAUGCCUUUCGAAGGGCGGUUGGGACGCAUUGAAGGAAGAAUACCUCUCAUACCGCACGAAACUAGUCCAAGAGCUCGUCGAAUUCAAUGAUGAGCGGCGGCAAGAGGCCACCUCAGGCCGCGGUCGUUUAGAUUCGGAGAAUGACCCUUACCAGCAAGAAGCGCUGAUAUCAGAGGAACAGGCGGGUUUGACAUCUUGUCUCUCGCUGUCAUCCCCCUAUCCCCCCUCGUGUCUCAUCUUUGUGCGCAGCAUUCACCCAGAGACCAACAAAACGACUUUGAAGUCGCUGUUCACCAAGUCUUUUCCCACCACGCCUCAAUCUGGCAAGCAAACGAUCGGAUUAGAUUACGUGGACUACAGCAAGGGUUUGGAUUCUUGUUACCUCCGCGUUACUACUCCUGGACAUGCGACUGCCAUCAUCGACUAUUUUACAUUGAACAAAGUAGCUCAAGGCUCAGGUCUGGAUGCCUGCGGCUCCCCGCUACCGUUGAAACCGGCACCUCAUUCUUCAGCCAUAAUGGUAGAGCUUGUCUUGGGUAGAAGGGAGCAAAUCUAUUGGGAGAAGGUUCCGUUGAAGGUUAGGACAGCGGCGGUAUACAAAUGUAUCAAGGAAAUGGGAGACCUCUCUUUGCAAGCAAACCAGAGCGGCAUUGGGACUAUUGGACGAGAAGAUGACUUUGACGACGCAACACGGCGUAAGAAAAGAAGAAAAUGA